AUGGACUUGCCAAGACACCGUGCCACACGAACAACCUCUUUAAGGGACACAUCAGACUCCUCCACUGGUAGCUGGGAUGCCAUCGAAUGGACCAAAAUUGAGCCAAUUGCGCGCUUUGUCUCUCAUGCCAAUCUUGAUUUCUUGCUCGAUGAUGAACGUGUUAUGGCAGAAGGACAUGGUGUUGUUCUUGUCAAUACAGAUGAUGCAGGCGUGUUGAUUGUAACAAACUUUCGUGUAAUAUUUUUGAGUGAGGGAACUAGAAAAGUUAUUGCCCUUGGAACAAUACCACUAGCAACCAUUGAGAAGUUUAACAAGAUAGCAGUUAAAGUUCAGUCAAAUACUCGUCAAUUAGACAAGACACCAACACAAAGACUGCUGCAGGUGAUUGGGAAAGAUAUGAGAAUUAUAGUCUUUGGUUUUAGGCCUCGUACGAAACAGAGACGUGCAAUAUAUGAUGCACUACUGAAGUGUACAAAGCCAACAAUAUUAUGGGAUCUUUAUGCUUUUAUGCCCGGGCCUUCCAGUUUUCAGAACACUUCUCCGUUGGUGCGCUUAUUAGAUGAAUAUUUUCGACUUAUUGGUGAUGUUUCACAUCAUGCUUCAAUGGACAUGAUUGAAAGUGGGUCCUUCACCUUGUCAAAUGACUUAUGGAGAAUAAGUGGUGUGAAUUCCAGUUAUACAAUGUGCCAGAAUUAUCCAUUUGCUUUGGUUGUUCCAAAGAGCAUUAGUGAUGAUGAAGUGCUCCAGGCUUGCAAAUUCCGCGCAAGAUGCCGACUGCCUGUAAUUUCUUGGUGUCAUCCUGUUACUGGCGCAGCUCUUGCACGUUCUUCCCAGCCUUUAGUUGGUCUCAUGAGGAAUAUGAGGAGCAACAUGGAUGAAAAACUUGUGGCCGCACUUUGCAGCAACCUUGAUGGCUCAAGGAGAAAGCUAUAUAUUGCUGAUGCGAGACCAAGGAAAAAUGCAUUAGCUAAUGGAGCCAUGGGAGGUGGUUCAGAAUCAUCAUCAAACUAUUUUCAAUCUGAGAUUAUCUUUUUUGGGAUAGACAACAUUCAUGCAAUGAGAGACAGCUUUGUUCGGCUCCGAGAAUACAUGGACACUCAUGGUAGAACAUCAUCAGAUGGAAUGUCAUCUUUUUUGAGACACGGUGGGUCAAUCUGGGGUGGCGGCAAUUUAAGCAGUAUGUCUGCUUCAGUAUCAACCCUUGGGGACAGUGGAUGGUUGUUGCACAUUCAGAAUGUCUUAGCUGGUGCAGCUUGGAUUGCUGCUCGUAUUGCUAUGGAAAAGGCUUCUGUUCUUGUACAUUGCAGUGACGGAUGGGAUAGGACAAGCCAGUUAGUUUCACUUGCUAAUUUGUUGCUUGAUCCAUAUUAUCGGACAUUCAAAGGGUUUCAGGCACUUGUUGAAAAAGACUGGCUAGCAUUUGGUCAUCCAUUUUCUGAUCGUGUGGGAACACCAUCUAUCUCUGAAUGUGGCAACAUGUCUUUCGAGUUAUCUAGGCAACAGUCUUCAAAUAGCAUCCCAUCAUCACCCAUGCCCCAGUCAUCAGGGACAUUCACGUCUCAAUCUCCAGUUUCAUCUCAUGCACACAAUUUAAACAACUACUCUCCCAUUUUUUUGCAGUGGGCUGAUUGUGUGUCACAAGUGAUGCGGAUGUAUCCUUUUGCUUUUGAGUUUUCUGCGGCUUUCCUGGUAGACUUCUUAGACUGCAUGUUCUCUUCUCGCUUUGGAAACUUCUUCUUUAAUAGUGAGAAGGAGAGGCUGCAGUGCAAUGUUUUUGAAAGUUGUGGAUGCGUAUGGGCAUACCUGGCUGAUAUGCGUAGAUCAGAAGGAGGUUCCCAUGUGCACUUUAAUCCCUUUUAUGAUCCCUUUUAUGGGCCUCUUCUCCCCCCAGCAGCAGCGUUAGCCCCAACUUUAUGGCCCCAAUUCCACCUUCGUUGGGCCUGCCCAGAAGAAGCACAGAGUGGAGAGAUUGAAGCACAAUGUAGGAAGAUAAAACUGAAAAAUUCUGAGAUGGAGAAGGCUAAAGAAGUGACAGAAAGGAAACUUAGAGAAAAUACAAAUGCUAUAGAAUCGUUGAAUGCGGAAUUGCGUCGUGAGAAACUGUUAAACAUCUCAGCUAUGACCAAGGCGAAAAGGAUAAUAAAAGAAAACACAGACAUAAAGCGUGCAAUUCAGUCAAUUGGGUGCAAGAUUCACAUUUCUAAUACCGGUGAUUGCAUUCUUGACAUUGAAAACAGUCCAGAGAAUGCUGUUCAAAAAUUGCAUUUUUCCUCUAGGCAAGUAUCAAGUAGUGCUGUGAGUAACGACAAAAAGGAUAUAUCUCUUUCCGUAACAGAAGAUGAUGAUGGAAACAAUGUUAUUAGUCGAAUUUGUGAAACGCUAUGCCCUUUUCGCAGUAGAGAUGGAGGCUGCAUGUGGCCGAAUGGUGGUUGCGCUCAAAUAGGUAGCCAGUUUGUUGGUUUGAAGGCAAAUUUUGAUGCAUUUGACCGGCUUUCGAUUGAUGACAGUUAUUUCAAGCCCAAGUAA